CUGGACACACUCCUCCAGACACCAUGAUGGAAAGAUGACCUCAUUUACAAAUAUUUGCAUUGUGUGGUUCACCGUCUGUGUGGGCCUUUGUGCAGACCCCGAUGUCACUGUAUCUAAACCAGUCGGAUCUACAGCAGUCCUGCCGUGUACACUGAGCCCUCUGCCAAGUGAAACUCCGUUCAUUAUCUGGCACAACAAGAAUGGCUUUGUGUUUGAGCGAGAGGGUGAGGAGUCGUAUCAGGGUGAGGGAUAUGAGGGUCGUGUGGACGUUCCUGUGGAGGAGCUGCGUAAGGGGAACUGUUCACUGGUGUUGAGAGAUCUGAGACUAAAUGAUGCAGGAGUCUACACCAGCUACCAGAUAGAGGGACACACCAAGAGAUCUGCUUCUGCCAUGACAAAAAGUAACCUGAUCAACAGUGUUGAACUCGAAGUUACUAUUCCUGUCAAAGGGACAAAUGAAAAGAGCUUAUCUGAAACACUUGGUUCCUCUGGUACUCCAGUUUCCUCCCACAGUCAAAAGACAUGCAGGUGAUGCCAUAACGACCCACCCACACCUAAAGAUUCUGGUUCUGUCCCUCCUCUCCUGUUUACUCUUCAAUCUCCUCUCAU